AUGAGUUUAGCAAAUAGAGAGAAGGUGGUGUUACCCAAGUUAGAUUGGUCUUAUGAUGCGUUGGAGCCAUACAUCAGCGGCCAAAUCAAUGAGAUUCACCAUUCCAAACACCAUCAAACGUAUGUCAAUGGAUACAAUAAGAGUAUUGAGGAGUUGAUUGAGUCGGAAAUCGAAGGAAACGUAACUAGAACGGUUGAAUUGCAAAAAAACGUCAAUUUUUUCGCUGGUGGGCACGCUAACCAUGUACUUUUUUGGAAGAGUUUAUCGCCAACCUCCCAGUACGGGGGGCAAUUACCUAGUAGCGGGAGUAAAUUUAGUCAGCAAGUGAUUAGCCAGUAUGGAUCAUUUGACAAGUUGAUUGAAUUGGUGAAUGGCAAAUUGGCCGGUAUCCAAGGUUCCGGGUGGGCUUUUUUGGUGAAGAAUCUUGAUGAAGGAGUGUUACAAGUGGUUACUACUGCUAAUCAAGAUACGGUUACUGGGAACUUGGUACCUUUACUUGCCAUUGAUGCUUGGGAACACGCUUAUUAUUUACAGUAUCAGAAUGCCAAACUUGAUUAUUUCAAAGCAAUUUGGAACGUGAUCAAUUGGACUCAAGCAGAACAAAAAUAUAUCAAUUUAUAA